CCGCAGCCAGCCAGCUGACCAGAAUCUUCUUCGAAAGGGCAUCAUUUCUACCUCGCUGCUCCCCGAAUUUACGAUAUUUUUGCUCCAAUUUUCGUCUGCUUAUAUUACUUCCUAAUGACUGCCACCGACGUUGGCUUGAAAGCGCUGAAGGCCUUGUGUUUUGAUGGUGAAUCUUGAGCACAGUGGCUUUCUACGUGGACGAUCGAUACCUCAGCCUUGAGGAUAUCGACUUUGUGACUAAUGUGACCCUUGACAUAGAGCACUUCCUGUCAAACAGUCUCACCAAAAGAGUCCUGAUCUUUCCGCCGAUAGACAGCUUCCACCGUCUGCUCAUCCACAAGGUCAUCGAAGACUUCCCGAGCUUGAAGAGUUUCUCUAUUGGUGAGGGAGACAGCAGACGCACAACUGUUUGCUUGAAGAGUAUACUAAGGUUUAGUGACGAGGAAAUGGCCCAGUCGUAUGGUCCAAAUAAAAUUAAGGCGGCAAGAGGAAGGGGACGCGCAAGGAGAUAUGAUGCUUUCGAGGACAGAGAUUGUGAUGGAGAACGAGACAGUUACCAACCUCCAAGGUCAUCACACUGGCAGCCAAGGUCUGGAGACUGCCAUGACUGGAGAGAAGGCCGGAGUUCACCGUUCCAGCCGCUGAGGCCUGGUGACUUGAAUGAGACGAGAGAUGACAGAGUAUCGCCGAGUGGGAGGUCAGCUCGGAACGGACCAUCAUCGGGCAGUGCCAUCUCAUCGCGAUCAAGAACAAGUGACAAUAGUUACAACAGUGGGAUCACCUCUGAGAAGAAAAAAUCGCGGCAACGUCGCCCUGAAAUGCAAGUCUACGUUCCGAGGGGAAGACGUCAGUUGGGUGCGUCUGGAUCUUCACAGACGAGGGAUACUGAGGAUGAACCUGCCAGGAGAGGAAGUGAUGAAAGUCCAUCGAAUCAAGACGAGAAUAGCUCUCGACCUGGUUCUGCAUCAACAUCUAGGGGGCGCCGUGUUCGGGCCGGCGCAGAACCUUACGUCCCGAGAGCGCGCCGGAUGCAGUAUCACAUGUCGGCAGCCGAUAACGAAAACAAUGAAAAUAUGUGCAAGCAGCUUUUGUUGAGUCAAGGUGGUGGCAAUCCAGAUGACGAUGAUAUUGGUGCGAUUGCUCCUCCAGCUCCUCCUAGUGAUCAUUAUGAUAAUGAUGCUCUGGCGAUGGAUGUACAAACAGACAACGUCUCUUGUAAACAAACUGAAUGCUUUGAUUCGUGGGAUAAGUCUAGUGUGCUCAAUCAAGAAGAAUUCAUGUUGAAGGAAAAUGUCAAAAGCUCUUUUCAGAACAAACGAAAAAAAAGCAGUCGCUCUGACCAAAGACCUGAAAACACUGAUGCUCAAUUUAGAAAUAGUCGAAACGAUGAAUCUGUUUUGCAGAGUGAACAGUUUGAUGAUUUCUCAGGUGCGUAUGAUGCCGAUCCUAUAGAAAGUGACAGGUGUGCUGGUACCGGGUUUAUAGAAAGUGACAUGUUUGCUGAUAAUGGUCCUAGAGAAAAUGAGAGGUACGCUGCUUCUCCAACUAGUACAGGUCCCGCCAGUGAUUCUUGUACCGAUAUCCAGAACAGAACUGUCAGAGAAUUAAAAGAUGAAACUCAACUAAACGAAAGUUCAGAUGAAGAAGCAUCAUGGGAGAUGGCAGCCGAGUCAUUCGGCGUUAAAUUUAAACGAUCUCCCGAAGCUCUCGCCGACUUGCAUGAAAUGGAGUCCGAGAUCUUGCCACAAAGUUCACGGAAUAAAGCAGAGAAAUGUGCGGAAGGUUUCUCUACUACAAAUUCUCUGGUUGAAGGGGUUGGGCCAAAUAGUCCUGAAACGAGCUUUGAAAUUCCUAGGAAGGAUGGCUCUGAAACUGAAAUUGUCGGUAUAAACUGCCCUGAAGGUGUCCAAAAAUCAGUUCAAAGCUCUGAUCAAUCGGUUUCGGAAGAUAUUGUCAAUGUGUCUGUAUUGUCAAGUAAAGCUGCAGAAGCUAGGUCCAGUGGCCUUGAAUCUGUGGUCAAGAGAUUGGAUUCUGACUGUGAUGAAUUUGAAUCUGAGCAAAAGGGGAUUAAAUAUGUCCCUGAUGAUAAUCAAAAUCUUCCUGGCGAUGAAUUCAAGGAAAAAUACAAAAUAUCUGACGAACUGAUUACUGAGAUGAAAUCGGAGAUUGUUGCUUGUGAUAGUAUUAAGAAUGAAGUUACCUUGUGUUCAAGUCAGAGUGAUUUAGUCUUAACGACUGACGAGAAGGCUGGAGCUACACAAUGUUGCAGUCAGACUGUAACUGAUGUGGUCUCGAUGCCUGACACAAAUAUAGAUACAGUGACGAGUUCUGUUAUGGAUCAUUCUUCUUUGGAAGUUGAUAAAGCUAAGGAUUUGCCCGUAUCUGCAGACUUGCCCGUAUCUGACUUGCCCGAAUGUGAGGAUUUGCCCGUGUCCUUGUCCGUAUCUGAGAUAGAUGGAGCAGAAACUGCACCUUAUUCAGAAGAGAUUCCUAAUACACAGGAUUCUGAUAAUGUCAAAACACCCGAAGGUGCUGGCUCUAUUGGAGAACUCAGUGAUUCUGGCAUGUCGGCAAAUCGCCUCAAAGUCAAGGGAGACGAUGUAAUGCCUGUUGAGCCUGAGUGUGAUCCGCAUUCUAAGGCAACACGAAACAGUCGGGGAAAGUCUGCUGAUGUUGGUAGAACUCGUGAUGAGGAUGCUGGCUCCGUCAAUGCAGAUGACGAGGAUUCUUGGGAUGCGUUGUUUGAUGACAGCGGCGAAUGUCUCGACAGUCACUUGAUGGAUGAGCUGGCGCGGGCGGUUGGCGAAGUGAAAGUCGAGAAACCGGGCCAUGACUACAGUGAAUUUUCACCAAAAGAUCUGGAUGGAGAUUAUGAAGCGUACACUCAUCUUGUUGAGAUUUACGACUUCCCGUCUGAACUCCUCACAAGAGAUCUGAUAGCGAUUUUCAGAGAUUUCACGUCGCGAGGGUUUGACAUUAAGUGGGUGGAUGAUACGCAUGCAGUUGGUGUCUUCUCAAGUACCAUUGCCGCGAAGGAUGCACUCACCCUGAAACACCCGUUACUCAAAGUCCGUCCAAUCAGCGAGGCCACUCGCCAGACCAAGCUCAAAGCUAAGAGAUGUUCAGAAUUCAUGCUCCCAUAUAAGCCACGUCCAGAGACGAAUGCCUCAUGUGCCCGCCGCCUAGUGACAGGAGCUCUGGGUCUGAACACACGCGUGAGCAGGGAACAGCGGGAACAGGAACGUAAACAACUAAAAGAUGCGCGGGAAAAGAAACGUCUGGCGGCAAAGCAGAAACAGGAUGCUUGGGACGGGACAAUUGAUAAAUGUGCCAUGGAUGAGACGUGACCAUUAGUUGCUCAUCAUCAUUCUUCUUGUUCUGCGUUCAGCAUCUUUGAGAUGCACACGAGACUGUCAGUCCAUCUCCUGUCCUAGAGAGAUCCACGUAGGUGGUGUAGUGCUUAGAAUGCUGGACUUCUGACCGAGAGGUUGUGAGUUUCGAAUCACUCCUCGGGCACUUAUUUCCUUCCUGUUCGAUGGUGAAGCGAGGACUUGGUAUAGUAGAUGCUCUUAACACCCCUGGAUCAUUCGGGGAUGCCAAAAGCACUUUGAGUGGGAUUGACGGGGAAAUGCUCUACCUAACCUUCUAACUGUCAUUUGACACAGGAGUAGGUGUUAAAAGAUUGUAGAAAUAAUAUGUAGUUAUUAUUUAUUGCCAAGGAUUAUAGUUUUACCAACUAAAGAUAUAUUCAGCCAAUUCAAUGCCAAUGGAUUGUAGGGCGCGCAGACUGUUUUAUCAGGACUAUUUACUGGAUGUUUCUGACAAGUGGGGGCAAGGUACACUGUUGUCACAGUCCAAUUUUAAAAUGAGAAACAGCUAGUAAAUGUAGAGCAUGAAUCAGAUUUCAAGGUUGCAUGAAUACAACGUGUGCAUGCUUUGUCUUGACGUCUCUGGUGCCAAGCGAGAGACUUUUUCUUUAAAGCGCAAAUGCAUUUUACAGUUCCUAGUACAAUAGAUUUUAAACUUUAAUUAAAAGUGUCCAUUUUGUUAGUAUUUAUUUUGUUCGUUGUAAAUAAGAUUCAUGACUUCUUAAAUAAAAGAACUUGUCU